AUGCUACGGACUGUUUGCUUUUUUGCCUGAAUAAUUUAUAUUAAAGUUCGAAAAAAAAAGUGAAAUCCAAUUUCUGAUGAUUUUAUUUGCAACUGCAUUAUUUUAUUAUUUUUAAUUAAUCCAGGCCUCAUUGAAACUUUAUUUAGUAUAUUCAGUUGUAGAGAAAUAAACUCUGGGGAGUAUUGGCUUAAUAUUGAUCUUGAUAUUCAAUGCUGGGAUUUUGAUCAUAUCUUUUAUUCGUAUUUAAUAAUUUUACCUGCGAUCUUAAUUUGAGGGGUCAUCAUUCCAGGAUUAUGACUAAUAAAAUUGAUUAGAUAUAAAGAUAGAUUGCAAGAUACAAGAGUUAAAUUGAGAUAUGGCUUCAUCUGCAGCGGCUACUCUAGCUCCCCCUCCGUGAGCGAACACAAAACCAUUAAAAAAUCCCUAUUUUCUGAACAAAAGCCCAUGAUCCAUGAGCGAACAAAAAUGUUUUAUGAAGAAAAAAAAAUUGAUAUAUAAAUGAUAAUUGGUAUAAUGAAAUCUAUAGCUAAUUCUGUUUAAUUUUAAGUAAAUUGCGCUUUAAAACAUAAAUUUUAAAAAUUAAACUAAUAUUUGCUUUCCAAUUUUCGAAUUAGGAUUUUUUUAAAUUUCGAAAAAAAAAACUUAAUCCCCUCCAUGAGCGAACAAGAUUAUUUUGCUCACUCACGGAGGGGGGAGUAAGGAGUUUUUCUAUUGAGAAUUUGUGAUUUUAUAUUGCAAAAUUACAUUGAUUAGUUUCUCAGUCUUCUUAUCAAAUAUUUCUAUUUCUGUCCAAGCUCUUGCUGUUACAAUUUUAUUGAUUUUUUUCAUUUUUCUUCAAAUUAAAAAUAAACCAUUUACUGACAAGGUUUUAAAUGAUAUGGAACUGUUUUCCAAAGCGACUCUAUUGAUUACAAUUUGCGCUGGUCUUUUCUUUUUAGCUGAUGAGUUAGAGCGUCCCGGAGCGAUAUUUAUGUUUCUUAUAGCAUUUUGCUCAAACUUAUCUUUUAUUAUUUGCAGUUUACUAACUGUCAGUGAACAAAACAUUUUAUUCGCUAACGCUCACAAAAGGGGGUUAAUUUUUUUUUUUAAAAAAAUAUUAUUUUUUUAAAAUACAAAAUGUUUAAAAUCAAACAUAAUUAGCUAGAGAUUUCGCUAUAAUAGUUGUCAUUUUAUAUCAAAAUUUUUAUAUUAAAAGAUAUUUGUUCACUCACCGGGCCUCACCGGGUGGGAGUAAGAAUCUUCAACGAGCUUUUAAAGUUCGUUAAGGCGAAGCUUUUAUUUAUGGGAAGCAUGCUAUUCAGAGAAUCAAGAGUAAAAGUAAAUUAUAUAAUUGAUGAAAGCCAAGUUGACAAUGGAAAAAAUAUACAUAUUUCACAUCUACCAGGAUUAUUAAUAGUACACAGGAUUAAGAUUGAGAUUAAAUUUUUGCCUAGCAGGUACCGGGGAUUGCACCCCUACACGCUCAUCACUUCCGAGGAGCAUCAGCGGAAAACCCUCCUUGUUCCCACAAACAAGGGAUUCGCACUGACCAGUCUUGACUUCCAUAGCAUCUGGAGCCUAAGGGCCAACCACUUGGGUCGAAACUCCGGUUUCUCGUUGGAAAAUGCCAUCUGUUGAGUCCUGCGCGAGGGAAUUAGCUUCCACUUGGGACUGUCGCCAAUCUUAUCCUUUUCUAAUGGUUGUUCCGGAGGUAAAAGCCCGAGUCCUACGAAUUAGCUCCAUAGGGCCUGAGUAAAACCUAGCCCGAUGUACACAAAGGAUUUCCGGCCUCUUUCCACCUAAAUCCCCAUCACUGGGUUGUUCUUACGAGUGUUGAAGAAAUAGGGUCGAGAGGUCGGGUGGUACGUCGUCGCCAUUUUUAUGUAUAUAAUAGUACACAGGAAAUUGAUAUCGGUGGCUUAG